GCAGGCAAGAAGGAAAAGCUCUAGCUGUCCUAGGACAAAUUUCCCAUAAUUUCAUCAAUGUCUAUCAGAAGCCAGGUCAGAGCUGGCAGGUACUAGAGAUGAGGACCUGGCUGUACUGCCUUUGCUCCAACUUUGUGGUUUGGCUGCUGGGUCUGCUGUGUUUGAGUCCUAACUCCAGCGGUAUCUUAGAAGGAAAAGUUUCCCCAACUUCAUCACCCCGCAUCAAACCCAGCUACAGUUUUGGUCGAGCUUUUCUGGGACUUGAUAAAUGCAAUGCCUGCAUUGGAACAUCAAUUUGCAAGAAAUUCUUUAAAGAAGAAAUAAGAUUUGACAGCUGGCUUUCUUCUCAUUUAAAACUGCCUCCGAACUACUUCCCCUGCUACUCUGGAAACUACACCGAUGACACUAAAAGUUGGCGGCCAGUUGAAAUCUCCAGAUUAAUGACAAAAUACCAGCAUGACCAAUCUGACAAGAGAAUCUGUACUUCUCUUACCUUUGCUAAAAGCUGCAGCAUUGAGCGAGCUUUAUGGAAGACUGAGAGAUUCCAGAAAUGGUUGAAAGCAAAACGUCUCACUCUAGACCUAGUUCAGGGCCUUCCUACACCAUUGCUUCGCUGCCCAUCACAAAGGCUGCUGGACCGAAUUGUGCGACGAUAUGCUGAAGUGACAGAUGCUGGGAGCAUCUUCAUGGACCAUUUCUCAGAUCGGGAUAAAUUACGCCUGCUGUAUACAUUGUCAAUUAAUACACAUCCCAUUAUCUUACAGAUCUUCCCUGAAGCAGAAGGGUGGCCAUUUCCAAAAUACUUGGGGUCUUGUGGCCGGCUAAUAGUCAGUACCAGCACCAGACCUUUGAAGGAAUUUUAUAGCGUAUCUCCUGAUGUGGCAGCAGACCUAGCUCUCCAGCUUCUUGCUGUCAUUGAUUCCAUGAUGAAUAAUGAUUUGAACUACUACUUCUACUUCACCCAUGUUGAUGCUGACACAUUUGGAGUUUUCACCAAUGGGUAUCUGUUCAUCCGGGAUGCCAGCAGACUAGGAAUCAUUGACAUGCAAGAAGUAACCAUAUUGAUGGAAGACCAGAAGGAACAUGACAUAUUCAGCUGCUUGGCUGUGGACUGUCAGUCUGUGUUUCCCUCCUGUAACUCCAUCAAGCACACUCAGAGCCUCAUCAUGGUAUGCGAGGAGGUUCUGCCUAAACUCUUAAAGGACAAAUUCCUGCCCUCUAUUCAAGAGGAGAUUGACAGGGCUCUGGCCACUUGUGCUGACAUUUUCUUAGGUCAACAAGAAGUCAUCUCUGCAGCUCAGAAGCUGGCAGAGAUUUUGAAGCCUCUUCGGCCUUGCCACUCUCAUUUUGCCUAUCGCUACCCUGAUUGCAAAUACAAUGCCAAAUAGUAAAAGCAUGUUUACCUGGGAUACUGGAGCUGUCAUCCACACGCCUCUUCUGCCUCUGAAGUCAAAAGAAUGACAUUUAGCUCGGUUUAACAUAUUCUUUCAACAAGAAUUUGCACACCUUUCUGCAACCUGCUUGUUGAGAAACAUGCCCUCCUAAUAAAAACCUCUCCAAUGCUUUCCAAAAUGUGUAGGGCCACAGUGGUGACACUUAUUACUUCUGUAAAAAGCAAACUUACUUCAGCUGCAUGGAAAACUUCUGAACAAUAUCAAAUCACUUUGUUGGUUAUUGGUUACCCUCAAAUAACACAGAGAGGAUUGUCCUGAUGGAGGCUACCUUUCUCCCUCUUCCAUCUUUGGUAGAACUUUGAAAUAGGCAUCUCUCUCUCUCUGCAACCAAAAAAACCAAAAACCCCUUGCCUGCCUCAUUCUCUUCUAUGGGGUGACAAAAGGUUAAAACUCCCACCCUCCAACUGCUUCUAUUUUACCUUCUUUUAACACAGAUGGUAAAAGUUCUUUCACUUUCCUAUGUAGAAAAUUUUUAUUUAGUGCUGUGGCAACUGCUCCAGGCGCCUAUGGAGAUGGCAUCAUUCUAACUAGCCAUUUCCUUUGGAAUUUGCUGUUCACUGUACAUUAACAGGUAAUCCAGAUGACACUCUUGACGACUCAUUGCAUUCUAAUGUUUUCGGUGUCCCCCCCCCCCAAACCUGACU